CAAGGCCAUUAAUGUGUGGUGAACUAAUUGGCACAUACAUGGUGAUAUUUUUUUCCCACCUAAUUUGUUUGGACAAUAUCCUUGGUUGAAUUAGCAGCUGAGCUUGCUGAUGUAUUUGCAUUUUCCCUUGUAGCCUCUUCUCCCACCUUAUGGAUCACCAGCAUAUGCGGCACUGUAUUCUCAUGGAGGGAUGUAUGCUCAUCAUCCUUCAAUGGCUCUGGGUGCACAUCCACAUGGCCAUGUUGUUUCAACACCUGCAACAAAUGAAGCUAUGGGUGCUAGCACAGAAACACCUAGUAAAUCAUCCAACAGUAAGGAUCAAGGCUUGGUGAAAAAACUGAAAGGGUUUGGAGGACUUGCUGUUUCAAUUGGCAACGGAAAUGUUGAUGCAUCAGGUGGCCAGACACACGGACAAUCACAGAGGUAUUCAUAA